UUGGUGCCUAUAGGUGGCAGUGUAGGGACAGUGAGCCCAAUAUCGCGCUGUGGAGCACCUCUUCUCCGUAGAAUAAGACAGUCUUUUUCUUUUUUCCCCUUCUUCCUCUUGUUAUUUGAGGUAGUUAGAAGCUAAGUGCUCUCUCUCCGGUCUCGUUUGAUAACAACUUGCCGGUCCAGUUGUGGACGUUUUGCCAAGCGUCCAUUUCUUCUCGUGGCUUUCCAAGGAAAUGUCUAACUAUUGAUUCAUUCUCAUUCCUGCGUGAAGAGACGAUACUUCAGAGGGCUCCACAAUUGCAGUUAUCGUUGAUAUCUGCCCUGGCUGAUCAUGAAGAGAGGAAGUCAGAUCCUGCAGAACAUCCUGAGCAGCAGCGCCAGCACAGACAAGAUGAACACCGGACACUUUUGCUUCAGCUGUGAGCAGAUGUUUGGAAGCCGGAGAUUUCUUGAGGAGCAUGUGUGUUCCUCCUCAAGUUUUAUCUGCUCCUGUGGAACAGAGUUCAAGGAUUACACUGCUAUGAAGCACCACAGCACAACGCACGAACCGGGCCAACAGGUGCUGGAUCACGAAACCAUAAAGAAGCGAAGAAUUCAGAAGGUGCUAGAAGAACAGGAGAAGAUUAAAAAAUUGCAGCAGGGUCAGAUUCUGAAGACAUCUAAUGUGAGAAAAGUUCCACAAAUGUCACUGCAGAGGAACCCGGGUCUGCAAACACCAGGCGCCUCAGCUCUUAUGCCACAAAGGCCCAUGCAGUUUUCACAAGUGCCCAAGGGUUGUCCUCCGCUGCCAUUAGCCUCAAACCCCUCUGCAAAAAACCUACAAAACAUGUUUGGGGAUGCCGGUGCACCAACCGUGGACCUAUGGACACUUUAUCAACCAGUUGUGUUGAUCAAAAGAACAGACAUUUUGAACAGGAAAAAGCCAUACACCUGCGGAAAAUGCGGGCAGAGCUUUUUAUCAAAAGCUUCGCUUGUCUCCCACCACAACUUGCACGUCACAGAUAAAGUCUCGGGGUGUGUGGGAUGUGGGUUGCUGCUCUCCAGCAAGAAAUUGGUGCCGCGCUUCCAUUCUUGUAACUCCACAAACAAUCAGACCAAAUUCCGACUCGUCACGGCAAGACCCCUAGAUUUCAAGCUGCCCAGUGGACCUGCUACACAACGGAAUGCAGUUCCACAGAAACCUCUGAUUAACCUGCAGUUGGAGAACAAAAGUCCGUUUGUGAUUGCUCGAGGUGGUCAAGCACCAAACAUCACCUCCAUCUCAGCUCUGAAGACCCAGAACAUCCAAACGUACAGGAAAGUACCUCAUGUCACCUCACCGCUGCAGUCAAAAAAUCAAAACCCCACCGCCUCCAAACCCGCUGGGUUUGUGUUGCCUGCAAUGAGCCAAACCUUCAAGCUCACUAGAAUAAACUCUGCUGCAGAUAUUUUCUGCGACACCGAAGACUUAUUUCUUAAUGAGUCCCAGUGCAGAGUCUGUAAUGUUCUAUUUGAAACUCCUCAGCUGCUUCAGAGGCACAAGUGUGUCAAGGCCCAGGAGUUUAUGGCACGCCACAUGAAAGAUCGCAAAAUUCCACAAAAAACUUGCAGCGUAACACCGGCGACAGACGAUUUUGCUCACCUGAAUGGGGAGAGAAAGCUAGGAUUUCAGACAAACCAACUCAGGGCUGCGAGUCUGGACAAGGACGGAGCACCGGGAAACGGGGAGUUGGAUGGAGAAGAUGAGGAUGACUGUUACAUUGUUGAGAGCGGCCCAGGCAACCCCGCUGAGGUCAUUUACCAAGUCACGUCUUCUGUCCCCAUCAAGACUUGACAAGGCUGUUUUUUAUGUCACUUUUUACCUAAUGGACCAAAUGUGCGGACACUGUUUCUUCUGAUCAUCAGAAAUUUUCCAUGAGCAGAAACUGAGUGCUUCCUGGAUUACUUUUUGACCCCCCUCCCCAAACCCUUAUAUGAAAAGAAGUGAUAAACAUGCGUUUGUUGUUGGAGCAGAAGCAUUCACAAUGACCUCUUGAGAGGUUUCAAACUAUUUCUUUUAAAGAUGAAAUAGAUGUUAAACAGUUUGAUCACAGUAUAUAUAAAUAAAUGUGUUCACAGUUCACCAAUAUUUCAUUAGAUAACUAGGUUAUGUAUGAUAGACUCUGUUUUGCUUGUUUUGUGGUUUUAGUACCAUGGAAAAUGUUGUAAAGCUGUGGCAACUAGGCUCUAAAUUUGUUUGUUCUUACAAGCUUUUUUCUUGGAUUUAUGAAAAACUGUUUAUGAUGAAUUAAAGUAUAUUUUAAAGAAUCUGUAUGGUUUUGUAAAACAUCUUGCAUUGCUAUUUCAAUCGCAUUUUAUAUAUAUCAAACUUCAUUUGUUUGCUAAAAAUAAAAUCUGAACUGAUGUUCACAAUUUGACACUUCAAUUUAUUUUAUUUUUUUUAAUCAAUGUUAUGUUUAUUUUCAUAUUAGUUCAAAUCUAAUAUUUUUAUUUUUUUCAUACAAAAUUAAUAGUGUAGUAUGCACUAAAGGGAGAUGGGAAGCACUAAUGAAGGUGAUGCGCUCAUUCAAGAUGAGAUAAACCUUCUCGGCUUCCAUCCAAAUGCGACUAUGAGGCGUUCAGGGAUCCCCUGUUCGCUCCAAAGCCAGAUCACAAAUACUGAUGCACAUUUGCCUCCGUGGCGCUGUUUAAUCCACUGACUCUUGACAUGGGGAGUAAAAUGUCCUCGAGCGGAGGAAGCAGUGAGCAAAAUACAAACUCUGACCUCACUUCGGUGGCACUUCUCCCUAACAGUCCCCUGCCUGACCCCCCGGAGCCCAAGCAGAUUCCUAACAACGAUGGUGAGGAAGACCUGGAUGGAGAUGAUGCAAUAGGAGCUGAAGAUCUGAAUCAAACCCCCAAUGAACCAAACUCUGAUGAGCACAUCAGCUCUGAAACCGCCGGCAGAACUGAUCAUCAGCAGAGCGAGGAUACGCCGGCGAUGGCGGACUCGAACUCUCAGGAGACUUCAGCGACGGAUGGCGAUGUCAGGCCUGUGCAGGUCAAGAGGAAGCGUGGGAGGUCGCGGAGAAGAAAGCUGAUGCUUCAGCGUAGGAGGAAGACUUUUGUGAAAGUCAACGCAACAAUUCCUUUACCAGGUGGUGCGAUCAACCACAGCACUGACGGUAUACCGAAUUCUGUUGAGAACUGUACUUUACCUCAGACGGGCCCUCCAGACGGUGGUCUAAAUGAUAUGACGGACUUCUCAAUAGACAAAAAACAAAGAAAAAGACGGUCUAAGAAAUCAGAAGCAGCUUUAGAAAACUCAAUUUCUGCACCUCCUCCUCCGGCUCCUGUUAUUGUCAGCGGCCCUUCACGCAGCCUGAGGAGUAGAGGACAACCACCUCCUCCUACUCCAGAGCAAGCUGAGGGAGCCCCAACAGAAAACAGUGACACAAGCUUUUUUUUAGGUGUUAAAAGAAGACGGCGUAAGCCGCCAGGUCAGGAAUCCCCAGCAAACAUGUCCAAACAGGAUAACUCCCAGCAUGCCUUGCCACCACUGAAAGACGAGAGGGCGGAUAAAUCGAUGGAGCUUAAAACUGAUUCUAGGCAAGAACAACUAACAGAGGAGUUGUUACCACUGGACUCUGAAGUGAAGCCGUCAGAAGAUUUAAAUCAUAUAAAUCAGAUGGAAUACCCAGAAAUAAAAGAGUCAGUCAGUGUAGAUGAAAAGAAGAACUUAGAAACUCCAGAUUUUUCUGGUUGUCCUGUAGAACUUCCAGAGGACCUGCCUCCGAGCACAGACGUUACCCUCAAAAAAACUCCUAGAACUAACAGAAGAAAAGCAAAGCAGCUUAAUUCAACUCUUAUGGAAAAUUGCCCAGGACCGGUUCUGCCCAAAGCUAAACGGAAAAAGUCAGGCAAGCUGGAAUGUUUUUUCAGGCGCAAGAAAGGUGGCAAGAGAAGGAGAAGACGACCCGUUCCGGUGCUGGAAAGCCCAGAAGAGAAACAGGAAACAAGUGAGGAGGUUCCACAAAUAAUAGAGUGCCCCGAGGUGAAAAAAGAGGAUGUUUCUGACGUCAACCCAGAUGUCACCUACUCGAAAGACGGCAAGAAACUGCAUAAAUGUAAUUACUGCGGUCGCCUUAUCCGAUAUCUGUCCCAGUUCAUCGUCCACCAGCGCAUUCACACGGGAGAGAGGCCUUUCAAAUGCGAGGAGUGCGGAAAAACCUUCAGCAAGAACUCCAACCUCAAUCUCCAUCUGAAGACCCACAAAAAGAACACCGUCUUUCAAAAAUGUGAGUUCUGCAAAAUCCGGUUCUCUGCUUCCGAGUACACCUCACAUAUGAGAAUGCAUGAGUUGGAGCAGGAGGCGGUCAAGCCGGAGAGUUGGAGCAGAGGUCAAGAAAAAAGCCCGGAGCCCAGCGGGGAGGCUUCCAUGGACAAGGAGAAGAAGGUCUGCCGGUACUGCGGGAAAACCUUCCCGUUCCAGUCGGCUCUGGUGCGACACAUCCGCGUGCACACGGGAGAGAAGCCCUACAAGUGUGAUAUAUGCGGGAGGGCGUUUGGUCAGUCCUACUUCCUGCGUGUUCACGAGCUCACGCACCUGUCGGUGAAACGGUACAACUGCACGCGUUGCGAGAAGUCCUUCGCUCAUUACAGCAACGCCAAAAACCACACCUGCCGCCCAACAGGAGCCGGCGGUCAGGAGAGCGAAUCCCUGAAACCGCCUCUGUCGUACACCUGCCACAUCUGCAAGAGCGUCUUCAACCACCUGCAGGAGUUCAACUUUCACAUGAAACAACACACCGGCGCAAAGCUGUUUCACUGCUUGUAUUGCGACAAGUUGUUUGGGGCGCUAUCGGAGUUUGACGCACAUCGGCGCCGCUGCGCCGCAGUGAGGGACUGGGCGGGCAGUCCAAUGAAGGAGGAGGAGACGCUAUCGAUGAUUCACUACGCAGUGCCUUCACUUAGACUGCACCCACCAGGUUUCAGUCCGGCUCCUGCCGCAACUUUGAGUUACAAAGUGGAGCCAAAACUGGUCAGGAGGAAGAAACGCCCCCUCAGUGUUCACACGCCGUUUCAGGUGACGGUCACGCCGCCUCAGCAGCUCUCCCAGCUGGUGCUAAAGCUGAACAAACUCGAUAACAGAUCAGACCCCAGGAAGUAUGUGUGUCCGAACUGCGGCCGACAGUUCCGACACAUGGGCCGCCUCCGGGCGCACAUGCUCACGCACGCCCCCACGCAGACCUACACCUGUACCUGCUGUGGGAAGUCUCUUGAGAGCUGGAAACACCUCUGGUUUCAUCAGAGAGUCCAUCGCCAGCGGCAUGGGCGCUUCACCUGUCCGCAGUGUGGGCGAGGGUUUCGCUUUGCCGGGGCUUACCAGCAGCACAUGAGCGAGCACCCGGAGUUCCGCUGGAUCAAAGAGCGACCCAGAAAGGCCUUCCUGCCGUACCAGUGCGAUCAGUGCCGAUGCAGCUUUAAGACUCUGGACCUGCUCUUCAGCCACCAGCUCUGCCACUCCUCGGAGCAGGAGGCGCACAAGGGCUCCCACUUCGACUUGUUGAUAGAUGACAACAGCCCGCCGUCCAACGGGAAAAUCCUCAACUCCUCCAACAUACACGGCCUUUCUUCACCCCAUUCAGAGGACAGAAACGGCUCUCCUCUGAGCCGCUCCCACAAAUAUCCAGACCCUGAACGGUCGCCACUGGUUCCGGUAGUUUCCUUUGGCCAGAGUCCAAGUCUGGAUUUGGGUCAUUCGUCUCAGGGUCCUACCAAUAAUAAAGAAACUGGUCCUGGCCCAAUUAGUAAAAAAUCCCCCAAGAAACCGUUUGGGUCUUUAAAAAACGUGAAAAGACUGUUGGCUGAGAAAAGAGGCAAAGCUAAGGAGUCGUCAUCUGAGGUGCGCUGUGCCAUGUGCACGGCAGUUUUUCAGGAAGUGUCAGACCUUUACCAUCAUUAUUUACAGCAUGCCAGAGGUCAGGUGUAGAAACACAGUCGAUGUAAGCAUAGUUUACAGAUUCCAUUAGUGCAGAUGCUUCACUGAAAGUCAGGAUGUAAAGGAGAAGCGCCCCAUUCAUAUCAAGUUUCUGAAGUGAAAAGAUGCACGUUUGAUUAGAGUCACGAAUGUCCUUGAUUUGAUCUGUGUUCAGGACAUUAAGCCAGAUGUGAUGAUGAAACGAUGAAUGUAACAGAGACCAGUGAUCUGCAUGUGUGCAGACUAAGACUGACUUAAGCUCCGCCUUUCCUCCUAGCUUAAACACACAGAACAAUCAUGUUCUCGUACUUUUUAGACAAAUAUGGAUCGUAAGUUCAUGAAGUGACCCACGUGAUUUCAACAGUUAUCUGCUAACAAAUGCAGAUGUUCAUUCUACCUUAUUUAGCUCAAAGUCACAGAUGUUUUCUUCCUAGUUUUGAAGUAAACAUCGUCUGCACUUUCUUGUCCUGGCUGAUUUGUAUUGAUAAAAAUGUCCAGUUACAUUCCAGCUUUGGUUUUCAGGUUUGUAGAAGCAUAAAACAGACAUGUUUCCUGGUGGUUGCCUUGCUUUGUUUUAUGUAAGUUUAUGCAACUGUUUGUUUUCAAUAUUAAAAUGGACUUUUGUAUCAA